AUGGACAGUGCGAAGGAAAGUCUGCUGCAGCUGAACAAUGUCACGGUUCGUCCGAUAGACACCGGUUCCAUACAGGAGGAGAUUGAUCGAAUUAUCCGAUCCGGAACACGGGAGCAUCCCUUGCAUGUGCUUGACCUGGACGAUGUGGUCCGGAAGCACCGGAACUGGCUGCACACGAUGCCCCGCGUAACCCCGUUCUACGCCGUCAAGUGUAACGAUGAUCCGGCGAUUUUGGCUACGCUUGCCUGUCUGGGAACUGGGUUUGACUGCGCCUCGGAGGCUGAGAUGCGCGCCAUCUUGGCGCUCGGGGUUAGUCCGGAUCGGAUCCUCUUCGCACAUCCCAUCAAGUCGACCGAGGCGCUGGCGUUUGCCCGUGCCCGCGGAAUUCGGCGCAUGACGUUCGACAACGAGUACGAGCUGCAGAAGGUACACCGGGAGUAUCCGGAGGCGCAGGUAGUGCUUCGCAUCCGGCACGACUCGGAUCGGGUUCUGAUAGCGCUGGGCAAGAAGUUUGGCUGCGAUGCCCGUGGUGAUGGCCUGCGGCUGUUGGCUCGGGCCGCCUCGCUCGGAGUGGAAGUGAUCGGUGUCAGUUUUCACGUCGGCUGUGGAAGUUUGGACGCGGACUGUUUCUAUCGGGCGAUCGAGUCCGCACGGUCGGUAUUUGAUUACGCACGCGAGAACCUUGGUGUCCACCUGAAGCUGCUCGACAUCGGAGGUGGUUUCCCUGGAGAUAGCGACAAACCAAUCAACGAGUUUGCGCUUGCCGUCCAAAAGGGGCUGCAAGAUUUCUUCCCCGAGCAAACGGUAGAAGUGAUUGCCGAACCGGGUCGAUACUACGUCGGGUCGGCCGUCACCCUGCUCUCGACCAUCCAGGGCAAGAAAGUCACCCGGGAAGCCGAUCGGAUCGAGCAGAUCAUGUACUACAUCAAUGAUGGCGUAUUCGGGACGCUGUUCGAUUGGCUCAGCCUACGGCAGAUCAAUGAUCUCGAGCGAGCCGUUCCGGUGGUACGUCCCGAGCGCGAACAGGAGCAAUCCUACCGGACCACAAUCUGGGGACCAACGUGCGACUCCACCGACAUUGUGUGCGAAGAUGUGGACUUCCCCGAGCAUCAGAUCGGUGACUACAUCGUGUUCAAGAAUCUCGGCGCGUACGGUAUGACGUUUGCCACCAACUUUAACGGAUUCCCAAAGCCCACAGUGGAAGUGUACGUAAAGGAGGACACUUGGGACAUGCUUCAGUCCAUUGCCGGCACAAACUGGAGGGAAAAAACGUUGUCCUUUUUCGAGCGAAUGCAGCCAAGCGCAACGUGAACCUCGGUUUGAUUGUACUGUGGCCAAAUAAAACAUCAGUUCCCAGUUGAAC